AUGGGUUGUGGAAUUUCUCAAAGAAGCUAUUCAAAACUGAAUCAUGGAAAGGAAGAUGGAAAGCCUUCCGAUUACCUCAAUAUACCUACUCCUAAAACAAAUCCUAACUCUCCUAAUCUUGACCAAAAAUGCAAAUUUUCAACGCUAGUAGCCCACUUCGAAUACAAGAUAAAAGGAGAUGAAUAUCAGAUUAUUGUCAGGAAGGUUACAAAUCAUUAA